AUGCUGGGGUUUCUCGCUCCAAAUGCAAACGGCCAGGUGAGGCUCACAGGCCGUCCAAGUACUAGCCUGAGGACCAUUGACCCGGAGCUUUUCGAUGGCUACCGCGGACCUCUGCUGUUCUGCGGUCGACGAUUUCACCUUGAUAUGAUGUCUCUCCGGCACAUUAUCGAUGAUUUGCGUACCAACUGGUACGAUGCCAACAUCAACGCCGAGAAGAACAUGUCAGGUCCCAUCGAAGGCGUUCGUGUAAAUUGUCACGGUGACACCGACGUCAGUAAACGUCCACAAUAUGAAAAGACCAACGUGGACGACACAUUCUUCGCCAGUAAUCGUCCCUUCAAGAUCCCUGUCGGUGAGAAGAUCGAUAUCCCACUCGAAGUACAACAGAUGAAGGUGGCAUUGCCGUGGAGGAGGCGUCACGUUGACGGCAAUGGGUAUCUCAAAUACUCACACAAUAGCGACGCGCAGAUACUUAGUCCGGCACAGUGGACGGUCCGGACAGGCUCGAUCAUGAUCGUCCGAAAAGAUCUCAAGCCGCUGCAUCGCGCUCAUGUGGAAGCACUUCGUGAUUAUUGUCAACGCGUAGGAUGGGGUAGCGCACAACUGUAUCACUUGCUUGGUGGACCCUAUGGCCCAGAUGUAGACCUGACUCCGUCCCUCGACAUCAACUAUCAAGCGAGUUCGGUGCAGUUGCUUAAUGACGCGUCAAAAGAGGAUUUUGAGGCAUACUUCGCUUACUUCAUGCAGACUGUCGGAACUGCGAAGUAUGGGCAUGUUCCCUCGCCUUAUGAAGUCUAG